UUUUGAAUGUAUAGGUCAUAGAUUACACAGGAAGUUGAACUUUUCAGUAGCUUCACAGUUCGGGGCAGCUCGCUUGUUGGCAUAAUGUUAAACUAAACGAGUAUCUAUAUGCUGUAGCUAGUUAUAUUGUAAACCAUUGGCUCGCUAUAACAACAAUGCUAAUAUACUAUUGCUUGCUAACGAAAUGACUGUAAUCAGGGAAAUGUAAUGUAAUUUAAUCACACUGCUUUGAUAGCCGUCUUGUUUCAGGCCGUAACUUGCAAUACAAUCGAGAAUGGCGAUUCCUAUAGCUGUCCUGGAUUGUGACCUACUGCUGCACGGUCGUGGACACAAGACGCUGGAUAGAUUCGAUAUAGAAACUGUAUCCGAUGAGUUUCUGUUGACAACAUUUGGCUUCCCGCGGGAAUUCAUAUAUUACUUGGUGGAACUGCUGGGAGACACGCUGUCACGGCGUACCCAAAGGUCUAGAGCAAUCAGUCCUGAUGUACAAAUACUCGCUGCAUUAGGUUUUUACACGUCCGGGUCUUUCCAAACGCGAAUGGGAGAUGCCAUCGGAAUCAGUCAAGCCUCCAUGAGUCGCUGCGUUACGAACGUGACAAAAGCGCUGGUUGAAAAGGCUUCCGAGUUCAUUGGAUUCACCCGGGACGACGCCACUAAACAGCAGUCAAAAGAAGAGUUUUACAGGGUAGCAGGAAUACCUAACGUCGUAGGAGUCAUAGACUGUGCCCAUAUCGCAAUAAAAGCGCCCAAUGCCGAGGACCUGUCUUUCGUGAAUAAGAAAGGGUUUCACUCAAUUAAUUGCCAGUUGGUGUGCGAUUCAAGGGGCCUUCUGCUCAGCGCAGAAACGCAUUGGCCAGGCAGUUUACAAGACAAUGCGAUUUUUCAGCAGUCAUCUGUGAGUAGGUUCUUUGAAGACCAGGAGAACCAGGAAGGCUGGUUAUUGGGUGACAACCAGUACCCGCUAAAGAAGUGGUUGAUGACGCCCCUACAAUACCCAGAAACCUCUGCUGAUUACCGCUACAACCUGGCUCACACUGCCACACAUGAGAUUGUGGACCGAGCGUUCCGGGCCAUACAGACCCGCUUCCGGUGCCUGGACGGGUCCAAGGGCUACCUGCAGUACUCUCCAGAGAAGUGUGCCCACAUCAUCCUGGCCUGCUGCGUGCUGCACAACGUGUCCCUGCAGUCCGGCCUGGACGCCUGGACCUUUGAGAGGACGGAGACCCCAGAGCAGGCGGAGGAGGCCUGCGAGCAGAUGGACUCGCUGGACUCUGAAGCCUACCGCAUCCGCCAGGAGCUCGUACUCAACCACUUCAGCUAGACAUCUCAGUCCUCUUUCUUCUCAUACUCAACCACUCCAGCUAGACAUCUCAGUCCUCUUUCUGCUCAUACACAGCCAAUCCAGCUAGACAUCUCAGUCCUCUUUCUGCUCAUACUCAACCACUCCAGCUAGACAUCUGUCCUCUUUCUGCUCGUACACAGCCAAUCCAGCUAGACAUCUCUGUCCUCUUUCUGCUCACACUCAACCACUUCAGCUAGACAUCACAUUGCAGAUAUUACACUGCAGUUAUUUAGCUGACGCUUUUAUCUAAAGUGACAGUUGAUUAGACAGAGCAGGGGGCAGUCCCCCCCCCCCCCCUUCCUGGUCCCAGUCAUGUAUGUUAGACACAAGGUUAUCUCAUGCCCUAUUCUGCAUGCUGGCCAGGCACAGGGUUUUUGUGACUGAAAAUGGAUGCAGUAACACCAUUAAGGGGAAACCUCAAUCUCAACCUGCUAGAUGCUCUGGGGUCUUAAAAUAGUUUUGGGAUAAGACAUGUUUGAGGUUUCCCCAAAUGCUGCGCUGUGGCUGCCCAAUGCUCGCAAUUAACUAGGGCAGGCCAAAUGCCCCAUGGGAGUCAAUAAACUAUCUUAUGUGAGACAAACAAUAUCUCUGAUUGCCUUCAGUGUUUGUUUUGUUUUGUUUUGAAGAAUGACACAUUAACUAGCUUGUUGCAUGCAUUUGAUGAAUGACCUUUUUUUAAAUCUUAAUAAAGGUAUGUCAGUUUGUAUA